AUGCAUCCCGAGAAAAUCGCGAGCAGAUGUAAACACAGCAUACAUCCUUCUAGUUCACUUCGCACACCCUCGUGCCCUCGAUGCGUCACCUCCACAGCUCAAGCGGACCUUGAGCAGAUUCGAACGGAGUUCGAAGCUGAAGGAGGGGUAAACGCGCCCGCGCGUAUGCGCAAUCAAGCCUGGAAUAUAGCGCGACUUCGAUGGAUCAUGAUAGAGCGUCGAGCAAAGAAGACAAUGGAGUAUGACCGAUUGCGCCAAGAACGAGAAGGAGCUUGGGAAGAAGCGCACCGACAGUACCUGGUCCAAGAACAGCCUUCACUCGAUGGUGUAUCUGAUCCAGCUUGCGAGGUGUGUAUUGCACGGAAGAAGCCUGACUGGUCGUACGCAAAGCCAAUCGUGCCUCUAACAAGAGCGUGGUGGGAGCGAGAGGGCGCGCUUGUGGUUGACCAGAUUAUCAUGCCUGGAACGUCUGAUAAAACGACAAGUAAACAGCGCCCACCAGAAGCGCAGUCGAAGCACCCGUCAUAUCUGCGCGAUCUCAUACAGAGCUAUCGGAGCUUGAGGACUGUCUCUGAUAUCCACAGACGGUCAUGGGAGAACCAUUGCAAAAUCGAUAGAGCUGUCCGCCGAAAGUACGACCUGGAUGACGACUUCGAUAUUCAUCCUGGGUUCUUGGCUCUUCCGAUUCCAGCCUCACAUGCCAGAUACCAUCAUACGCAGACCCAGAACGACUUGUUUGCAGGCGAGCGGCGUGCCAAUAGGCUCAAGCGACGCAAAGAAAACUACAAGCCCUCUCGUAGCUCACUUGCUUUGUCCGAACUGGCUGAUGCCGUAGAUUUGAGCGAGACCGAGCUUGAUAAGUUGAGAUUGGCGGAGGAAGUUGCGAAGCUCCAACGAUUGACGAACGUUGUUGCAACUGAAGUGGGGUUCUUGUAUCUGGUAGGGGACACUGAUCUCUUUAAGAAGUGGAAGGCCGACGUGGAGCAAAGUAAUCUGUCUUUGAUCUACCGAAAAGAGGGGCCGGCUAUGGAGGGACAGUCGGACGGGGAUCACGGUGCAGAGGACGAAGAUGAAGACGAAGAUGAAGACGAAGCGUUUUAG